AUGGCUGUUGGCAAGAACAAACGCCUAUCCAAGGGUAAGAAGGGCUUGAAAAAACGAACCCAGGACCCUUUCACGCGAAAGGACUGGUAUUCAGUGAAGGCCCCGUCAACGUUUCAAGUCCGAGAUGUUGGGAAAACCUUGGUGAACAGGACAACAGGUCUGAAGAAUGCGAACGAUGCAUUGAAAGGGAGGAUUUUCGAAAUAUCACUGGCCGAUCUACAAAAGGAUGAGGACCAUGCGUUCCGAAAGGUAAAACUAAGGGUGGACGAGGUCCAGGGCAAAAACUGCUUAACGAACUUUCACGGACUUGAUUUUACUUCAGACAAGCUGCGGUCAUUGGUGAGGAAGUGGCAAACCCUUAUUGAAGCCAACGUAGUAGUCAAAACAACAGACGACUACCUCCUGCGCCUUUUCGCCAUUGCCUUCACCAAGCGAAGACCCAACCAAGUGAAAAAGACAACAUACGCGCGGUCUUCACAGAUCAGAGCUAUACGCAAAAAAAUGAUGGAAAUAAUACAGCGUGAAGCUUCCAGCUGCACGCUCUCACAGCUGACCACCAAGUUGAUACCGGAAGUCAUUGGUCGGGAGAUCGAAAAGGCGACCCAGGGCAUAUACCCACUACAGAAUGUCCACAUUCGCAAGGUAAAGCUUCUAAAAUCACCGAAAUUCGAUCUUGGUGCUUUGUUGAAUCUACACGGCGAAUCGACGACAGAUGAGCAGGGACAGAAAGUCGAGCGGGAAUUCAAAGAGCAGGUUCUAGAAAAUGUGUAG